CGCAGGUGGUCACGUGGUACUGAGCAUAUAAACUCAGCUCUGCAGCAGAGAAGCUAACAGCUAACAGCUGACAGCUUGCAGUCCCGCGAGGACACUUUUUAGCACCGACUGGGACACGAGCACACCGGUAUGCGUGAACGCGCAGUGAGCCGGUGACGCGCACAGGUGUUUGUUGUUACAGCAGCAGGAUGCCCAUCCCUCCCCCCCCUCCACCAGGAGGACCCCCGCCUCCCCCCACCUUCAGCCAGGCCAACACCACCCCCCCGAAGCUGAACAGGGAGGAGGUGAAAGGUCGCGGCGCCCUGCUGUCAGACAUCUGUAAAGGCACCCAGCUGAGGACGGCGACCGCUGUCAACGACCGCAGCGCCCCGCAGCUCCACAGUAAGACCCCCACCGCAAAGAGCCAGACACCCACUGACCACCCCUACAUACGGUUAUACCAGUACCUCCACCAGCAGGGGGCGCCGUCUGACCAGCAGCACAGGAGCGACAAGCCCAAAGGAGGCGGAGCAGCAUCGCCGGGAGCCAAUGGCAGCGCAGCAGGAAGCCCUUCGGGUUCUGCUCCACCAAUCGGAGGGCUGUUCCCAGGCGGAGUUCCCAAACUGAGGCCAAUCGGAGACGGCGCUGUCGGACGCUCCCCCUCCACUCGGGCCGCGGCGCCGCGCCCCCCCAGCCAUCGCCAUGACGACGCAGACAGCCCCUCCCCUCAGGCCUCGUCGCCCAUGGAGACGCCUCGCUGCCAGCGCCCCUCCCUGCCCAACCUGUCCCCCUCCCCCUCCCCCUCCUCCCCAUCCUCCCCCUCCGGCGGCAUGAAGCACUCCUCCUCCGCCCCCCCUCCCCCUCCUCCGCUCUGUCGCCGCGGCAACGCCCCCUCCCCACCCUCCUCCUCCUCUUACAACAGAGAGAAGCCCCUCCCUCCGACCCCGAGCAACACCCCGCCCCUUCCCGCCAAACCUCCCCCAUCGCCUAGCAACAGCAGACGCCCCCCCACCUCGGGAGGAAACCCCCCCUCCUCCUCCUCUCUGGCCCCUCCCCCUCCCCCUUACUGCGUCACUAACGGUCCAAUCAGCAGCGGUGAGGCGGCGCCCGACCUGCCGCAGCGUCACAACUCCCUUAGCAACAAGAGGACCGCCCCCUCACCUGGAUGCCACGCCCCCUCACCUGGAGGCCACACCCCCACCAGAGGCCCCGCCCCUCCUCCCCCCGCCUCCCCCUCUCAACAGGCCGCCAACAGGCCGCCGCCCCCCACCAGAGAGACAGGUAGAGGAGCAGCUCCUCCGGUUCCGGUCCAGUCGUCGUCGAGGGCUGGCGGCAGAGAAGCCCCGCCCCCCCCUCCUUACAGGACACAGGGUAGCCCCUCCCUCUCUUCUGACCCCCCCACCAGAGGGAAACCUCCUCCUCCGCCUACCCGCACCCCCGCUGCUCCUCCUCCGCCCCCCCCUCCUCUUCGCAAUGGACACUCCUCCUCCUCCUCCUCCUCUGUCCCUCGGUCAUUUGUCGAUGAUUUUGAGUCCAAGUAUUCGUUUCAUCCUCUGGACGAUUUUCCUCCUCCAGACGAGUACAGACACUUCACCAAAAUCUACCCGAGCAAGGCCAACAGAGUGAUGAGAGGAGCUCCUCCGCUGCCUCCUGUUGGGAGGUGAAGCAUGAAAACAUCAUGACAUCACAGCUGGACCACACACACACACACACACACACACACACACACACAUAUGAACAUACACACACACACAGACACAUACACAUAUGAACACACACACAUGCACACACUCAUACGCACCUGAACAUAUACACAAACACACACCAUCCUGUUUGAUGACAUCACACCUGCAGCAGCGUCCAGCCUCGUCAUCCUCCACCUUCAUCCUCAUCGACGCUCACAGCUGAUUGGCUGAGGAUCGCUUUGGUCAUGUGACACAGUGAGGGAGAGAAGAAGAAGAAGAAGAGUGUGGAGGUCUGAUGAUGUCGGCAGUGACAGUUUGACAUUUCGGAUGACAUCACUCUGGUGUGUGGUUGCCGGGCAACGAGCAGGGACGUGCUCGGUGGAUGGAUACGCAGCGGUUUGUAAAAGAAGUAGUUCCUCCGCCGUUAAAGCGGAGUCACUCAGUGAAGGAACGAACAGAUGAACUGAUGAGUGAUCAGAUGUCUUUAUUAUUUCACUUCCUGCUGAUAGAAACUCACAUUGUGAAGCAGCUGCUGUGUUUUUAACGUUGGCGGAGACAGAGCUAGGCUAGUAGACACGGAGCCGGGCUAGUAAAGAUGGAGCAGGAGCUGGGCUAGUAAAGACGGAGCCGGGCUAGUAAAGACGG